UUCAGACCAGUAUUAUUUGGAGCGCCUGCUUUGGAGUGCGGAAUUACGAGCAGGAGGUAUUUACCGAACUAAUGGAAUGUUCGAUGACGCAGAAGCCAUGCUUCAGCGUAUUCUUUUGUCAGUGGAAAAGACAACUUCAAAGCGGCAAUUGGAAAAAGAAUUUCGACAUGCUGCUCUGUAUAAUCUAUCGUGUAUUUUUACGGAAACGGGAAGAUAUCAAGAAGCACGUAAACUGCUUGACAGUCUUAUCAACCUCUAUGAGCAAGACCCAAAGUCAAUCGAUCCCGAAAAAGCAUCGUACGCUUUUUUCAUUCGUAGCGAACUUAAUCGUAAAACCUUAUGUUUCAACCUUGCACUCAAAGACCUGGAGAAAGCCUUGAAAACAGCUGAAGUGUUCCGAUUAUCGGAGUCUACGUCCACAUCAGCAGCUGAAAUUCUUUAUGCUAAAAUCAUGAACACAUUUGGAUCAGUUCAUGAGGAAAACAACAACCCGAGACUUGCUCUCGACUAUUAUACUUGCAGCCUAAGCACUGUUGAGGGGUUGGCACCCAACAUGGAAACAGCCAUUUUCCACGAAAAUAAGGCGGGUGUUCUAAAAACGCUUGGACGAUUUGAAGACGCUACAAUACAUUACCAAAAAUCUUUGGAAAUCAGAGAAAUGUUGUAUUCCGAGGAUCCAGUCAUAGAAGAUAUUGUCAGGGUGCUCCAUCAUUUGGCUCUCACCCAGUAUUUUAAUCAACAGCCCAACGAGGCUUGCAAAACUCUGGAGAAGCUUUUACCCUUGAUGAGGGAACUUCUUAAGGAGGGUGAUUUAAACUUGCAAAAUUAUUCUUCAGCGUUGGUGAUGAAAGGUGACUGUCACAUCUUGGAACCUGAUGAAGCUCAGCAAGCAAAAGAGGCCUUCGAAGAAGCAGAGAAAGUUCUUAAGUGUCUGACGGAAGGACAGCUAAACAAGGAUUACGCUGAAGUUAUGCACAAUUUGGGUUAUGCUUGCUGUAUGUUAAAUCAGUGGGAAGAAGCAAUACCCAAACUGGAAAAGGCACUUGAGUUGAGGAAAAUUAUUUAUGAAGGAAAAGCGGUGCCAGAUGUAGCCUCAACCUGCGACUGUCUUGCUAGAGCGCUCUUUUUUAAUCACGAGUACCAGAAAGCAUUGACUUACUUUGAAGAAGCGUUGAAAUAUUUUGAAGUUUGCCAGUCACCAGAUAACGAGACCAAAUGUGCUCUCCUUAUUGCUCUUUGUCACAAAAGUUUGAAGAACUUUGAUCUUGCCUCGAAAGCGUUUGAGAAAGUCAAGGUGUUGUGCGCCAGAGAAUCAGUCAGUGAUGGGAUGCGAGAUGCCGCUCAAAAAAAAAUGGCAGAAAAUGAAGAGAAUACGAACAAACCCAAGGACAAUUAAUUCUACCAUUGGUUUUGUAAUGAGCACCGUGACAAAUCGUAUAGAAGUUUAAGCUAUCUUGCAUAUAGAAAGUAUUAGCUAUAAU